GUGGGAGGGGGUGGAGCUUGUGUGGAAUCUGUGCCUGUGGAAGAAGAUGACCGGGAUGUCACAGCUGAGCCUGUCCUGGCUGGGACUGGGGCAGCUGGCAGCCUCCCCGUGGCACCUCCUGCUGCUGGCUGGGGCCGCCUGGCUGCUGGCCCGCAUCCUGACCUGGAGCCACAGCUUUUAUGACAACUGCUGCCGCCUCCAGUGUUUCCCGCAGCCUCCGAGGCGCAGCUGGCUUUGGGGUCACCUGGGCCUGGUGAAGAGCAAUGAGGAAGGCUUGCGGAUGAUAGAGGAUCUGGGCCACUACUUCCGUGAUGUUCACCUCUGGUGGAUGGGGCCCUUCUACCCUGUACUGCGGCUCGUCCACCCUACCUUUGUUGCACCCCUGCUCCAGGCCCCAGCCACCAUCAUACCCAAGGAUAUGCUUUUCUACAACCUCCUGAAGCCCUGGCUAGGGGAUGGGCUCCUGCUGAGUGCUGGUGACAAGUGGAGUCACCACCGUCGCUUGCUGACACCUGCCUUCCAUUUUGACAUCUUGAAACCCUAUGUGAAGAUUUUCAACAAAAGUGCAGGCAUCAUGCAUGCCAAGUGGCAGCAUCUGGCCUUGGAAGGCAGUGCCCAUCUAGACAUGUUUGAGCACAUCAGCCUCAUGACCCUGGACAGUCUGCAGAAAUGUGUCUUCAGUUUUGACAGCAAUUGCCAGGAGAGUCCCAGUGAAUAUAUUGCUGCCAUCUUGGAACUCAGUGCCCUUGUGGUGAAACGGCAAGAGCAGAUCUUCCUGCACGUGGACUUCCUAUACAAUCUCACUCCUGAUGGAUGGCGCUUCCGCAGGGCCUGUAACCUGGUGCACAACUUCACAGAUGCUGUCAUCCAGGAGCGGCGCCGUGCCCUCAUUAGCAGGGGUUCCCAUGACUUCCUCAAGGCCAAGGCUAAGACCAAGACUUUGGACUUCAUCGAUGUGCUCCUGCUGGCCAAGGAUGAAGAUGGAAAACAAUUGUCAGAUGAGGACAUCCGAGCAGAGGCUGACACCUUCAUGUUUGAGGGCCAUGACACCACAGCCAGUGGCCUCUCCUGGGUCCUGUACAACCUUGCAAAGCACCCAGAAUACCAGGAGCGCUGCCGACAGGAGGUGCAAGAGCUCCUGAGGGACCGUGAGCCUCAAGAGAUUGAAUGGGACGACCUGGCCCAGUUGCCCUUCCUGACCAUGUGCAUCAAGGAGAGUCUGCGGCUGCACCCCCCGGUUACAGUCAUUGCCCGCUGCAGUACCCAGGAUGUCGGGCUCCCUGAUGGCCGGGUCAUCCCCAAAGGGAACAUCUGUGUCAUCAGCAUCUUUGGGAUUCAUCACAACCCGUCUAUCUGGCCGGACCCUGAGGUAUACAACCCCUUUCGCUUUGACCCAGAAAACAUCAAGGAGAGGUCACCCUUGGCUUUUAUUCCCUUCUCUGCGGGGCCCAGGAACUGCAUUGGGCAGACGUUCGCCAUGACCGAGAUGAAGGUGGUCCUGGCGCUGACGCUGCUGCGCUUCCGGGUCCUGCCGGGCGAGGAGGAGCCGCGCAGGAAGCCGGAGCUGAUCCUGCGCGCGGAGGGCGGACUCUGGCUGCGCGUGGAGCCGCUGAGCGCGGCACCCCGGUGACCCAGACCCUACACGCCUCACUUUGCGGAUUCCCGGGAAUGAAACUGUGCCAUCUCUUCUGUCCGAGCUUCAUCGAGAGCCAGCAGGGGGCGCUUGGGACCUGUGGGCAC